GAAAGGUUCUGGCCAGUGCCGGGCGCCCUGGCUGCUCUGCCGCGGCAGUGACGAGGCUGGAGGCCCGGCGGAGCGCCCGCAGGGGCGUUGGGAGGCGGAUUCCGCCUCCCUUGAGCGCUAGGGGGCGGGAGGAGGGGGCCGGGCCAGCGGCGCAGCUAGCCGCCGAGACAGCCGGCUGAGCGAUGGAGGCCGACGGGCUGCCGUGGGCCGGCGAGUCCGUUUCGGGGCCCGGCCCGGGAGGCGGCGGAAUGAUCCGCGAGCUGUGCCGGGGCUUCGGCCGCUACCGCCGCUACCUGGGACGGCUGCGGCAGAACCUGCGAGAGACCCAGAAGUUCUUCCGCGACAUCAAAUGCUCCCACAGCCACAGUUGUCCCUCCUCCCCCGCGGGCGGCGGCGCGGCCGAGCUUGGCCCUGCCGGCGACGUCGCCGAAGCCCCGCUGCCAGCGGGCCAACUGUGCUGCAUUUCCUUCCCACCUAAGGAAGAGAAGUACCUCCAGCAGACUGUGGACCGCCCCCCCUGCAUAUUGAUCCUCGGCCAGGACUGUAACGCCAAGUGCCAGCUGUUGAACCUGCUGUUGGGGGUGCAGGUGCUCCCCACCAUCAAGCUGGGCAGUGAUGAGAGCUGUAAGCUUCGGCGCCUCCGCUUCACCUACGGCACUCAGACGCGGGUCAGCCUGGCACUCCCUGGUCAGUAUGAACUGGUCCACACGCUGGCUGCACACCAGAACGCCUGGGAGACCAUCCCUGAGGAGGACUUGGAGGUUCAGGAAGACAGCGAGGAUGCCGCUCAUGUUUUGGCUGAACUGGAGGUGACCAUGCACCAUGCUCUCCUACAGGAAGUGGAUAUUGUGGUGGCACCAUGCCACAGCCACCGGCCUGCCGUAGAUGUUCUGGGUGACUUGGCCAAUGAUUUCUUGCCUGUGAUAACCUAUGCACUUCACAAAGAUGAACUCUCUGAGAGGGAUGAGCAAGAGCUUCAGGAAAUCAGAAAGUAUUUCUCCUUUCCCGUGUUCUUUUUCAAAGCACCCAAGCUAGAGAUAAUGGACCCCGCCACUGAGAGAGCAGAGUGUGACAGAUCACCACUGUAUCGACAGCUAGUGGAGCUGGGCUAUCUGAGUGGCAGCCACAGGAACUGUGGAGGCUCUGACCAGGACAGCAAAGCUCAGAGCAUGUUGGUGGAGCAAAGUGAGAAGCUGAGACAAUUGAGUACAUUUUCUCAGCAGCUGCUACAGACCCGCCUAGUGGAUGCAGCCAAGGCUCUGAAUGCGGUGCACUGCCAUUGCCUUGACAUCUUUAUUAACCAGGCUUUUGACAUGCAGCGGGACCUGCAGAUCACUCCCAAACGUCUAGAAUAUACUAGAAAAAAGGAGAAUGAAUUGUACGAAUCAUUGAUGAAUAUUGCCAACCGAAAGCAGGAGGAAAUGAAAGAUAUGAUUGUUGAGACACUUAACACCAUGAAAGAGGAACUUCUGGAUGAUGCUGCCAACAUGGAGUUUAAAGAUGUCAUUGUCCCUGAGAAUGGAGAAACAGUAGGCACCAGAGAGAUCAAGUGCUGCAUCCGACAGAUUCAAGAGCUCAUCAUCUCCAGGCUUAACCAGGCAGUGGCCAACAAGCUGAUCAGCUCAGUGGAUUACCUACGGGAAAGCUUUGUUGGGACCCUGGAACGGUGUCUGCAGAGCCUUGAAAAAUCACAGGAUGUCUCAGUUCAUAUUACCAGCAAUUAUCUCAAACAGAUCUUAAAUGCCGCUUAUCAUGUUGAAGUCACUUUUCACUCUGGGUCCUCAGUUACAAGGAUGCUUUGGGAACAAAUUAAGCAGAUCAUCCAGCGCAUCACAUGGGUGAGCCCACCUACCAUCACUCUAGAGUGGAAGAGGAAGGUGGCCCAGGAAGCCAUCGAGAGCCUCAGCGCCUCCAAGUUGGCUAAGAGCAUUUGCAGCCAGUUCCGCACUCGGCUCAAUAGUUCUCACGAGGCUUUUGCAGCCUCCUUGAGGCAGCUAGAAGCUGGCCACUCUGGCCGUCUGGAGAAGACUGAAGACCUGUGGCUAAAGGUUCGAAAAGAUCACGCCCCCCGUCUGGCCCGCCUUUCACUGGAAAGCCGGUCUUUACAGGAUGUCUUGCUUCACCAUAAACCUAAAUUAGGCCAGGAACUAGGUCGGGGCCAAUACGGUGUGGUGUACCUGUGUGACAACUGGGGAGGACACUUCCCUUGUGCCCUCAAGUCGGUUGUUCCUCCAGAUGAGAAGCACUGGAAUGACCUGGCGCUGGAGUUUCACUACAUGAGGUCUUUGCCAAAGCAUGAGCGCCUGGUGGAUCUGCACGGUUCAGUCAUUGACUACAGCUACGGUGGUGGCUCCAGCAUCGCGGUGCUGCUCAUUAUGGAGCGGCUGCACCGGGACCUCUACACGGGGCUGAAGGCUGGGCUGACCCUGGAGACACGUUUGCAGAUAGCUCUGGAUGUGGUGGAGGGAAUCCGCUUUCUGCACAGCCAGGGGCUUGUCCAUCGGGAUAUCAAACUGAAAAACGUGCUGCUGGACAAACAAAACCGUGCCAAGAUCACUGAUUUGGGAUUCUGCAAGCCAGAAGCUAUGAUGUCAGGCAGCAUUGUUGGGACACCCAUCCAUAUGGCCCCUGAACUUUUCACAGGAAAGUAUGAUAAUUCCGUGGAUGUCUAUGCUUUUGGGAUCCUCUUCUGGUAUAUCUGCUCAGGCUCUAUCAAGCUCCCUGAGGCAUUCGAGAGGUGUGCUAGCAAAGAUCAUCUCUGGAACAAUGUGCGCAGAGGGACCCGUCCAGAGCGUCUUCCUGUGUUUGAUGAGGAGUGCUGGCAGCUGAUGGAAGCAUGUUGGGACGGUGACCCCUCUAAGAGGCCUCUCUUGGGCAUCGUCCAGCCUAGGCUCCGAGGCAUUAUGGACCGGCUUUGCAAGUGCAACUCUGAGCGCCCAAACAGAGGACUAGACGAUUCUACCUGAAGACAAAACCUUUCUCUUCCACUCUUCCUUCCUUCCCUCUCACCUUUUGGCCAUGGGGAGAAUUUGCCAUUUGUUCAUUAAGGGAGCUCCUAAGGGAAUUGGUGCUUGUUGGCAACUCAAGACCUUCCUGGGCAGAGAUGGCUCCUGGACAGUGAAGAAUUCACUGGCUGUUUUAGUAUUCAUGAUGCCUCACACUAUCUCUUUAGCAAAAGAUUGUCUCAGAUGUGUAAAAGCUGAAGGAUGUGAUGUUCUGGCCUCAGAACUGAAAAGGAGGCAACUGUUACCACUGUCUAGUCACUGUAUGUGUUUCUGAAACACGUGGGGCCCUGCAGCGCAGGGUAUCCAAACUAUCAUUUCAUGACUUCAGCUCUAGCUGGGAACAGUUCGGUUCUGCCCAAUGGUAGAGACCACUUAGAAACAUGACUUUAGUUCAGGAGUGUGUGAUUGUAAGGGCAAAAACAAAAGAAAACAAAAAACCAACUCAGCCAGAUAUAUAUUGUGGUUGCCCGGUUCUUGUUCUCUGUAACCAGGAUCUCAGGUUGUAAGUUAGAAGCCCCAGGAGGCAGCUGGGUGUGAAGCUGUCUGCCCUCACAACCCAGUGUUUACAUUUCCAGGUUAGGGAGCCCUGGUUUCUGCAGGGCGGGGCCAACCCAGAAGAGUCUGUUUGAUUUGUGGGCUUCCCCACCCUCUGCCUUCUUUCCCCUAAAAAAGAGGGAACACUCCAGAUAUCAUGGGCCUGGGCAUCUGAUCAGAAAUAGACUAUAAUUUUGUUGUGUUUAGUGGGAUGUAGCCCAGGCUGGCCUUAAAAUCUCAUCCUUCACCCUCCCAAGUGCUGAGAUUACAGGCAUCUGCUACCAUGCCUGGCUUUUAGCUAUAUGACACUCUUGUAUUUCCUUCUUCAGUGCUGGGGGCAGUCCCGCAGCCUCACAUGUGUUGUUCAGUGCUCUCUGAUGAGCUACACUCCAGCUUUCUAGAGCUUUCAAAGCUGACUUUUAACACUAGGCACCGUGAGCUCUGGUAUUGAUGCGGUUGAGCAUGAUGGUCUUCUAAAUACUCACAGUCCCUCAGAGAUGCCAUGCAAUGCUUUCUACAUGCACUUGUAAUGGACAAGUGAUGGCCCAGUGGCUUUGGGUUCAUUGGCUCUGGUCUCAUUUUUUAUAGAAUGCUUAGUUUAGCUCUUAGAAUUUUAACAUCUACUCAACUAUACCUAGUUACUCUGCUCUGAGCAUUAACUUGUCCUCGGGACACAGUAGGAUGUACAGGAAGCCAGGCGCCAAGGAAAGAAGAAAUGAGCCAUCUCCACUAGUUGGGGCUGUUGUGUGUGACACUUAGAGAGACUGCUGACCCUUGUUCUUGAACUCUAACUGUAAUACAAAGGCUAUAGUUCCAGUAUGGAAGCCAUAUUCCUGGCAUUCUUUGCACAUCGUAGCUCAGGCUCAGACUCGUAAGUGAGAGGUUAGAUUUUUUUUCCCAUCCAGGAUCCAUUUUCAGUCUCCUGUCAGAUUACAGGUUCUUUUUUUUUUCAAUCUUUAAUUUUUUUUGGAGCUGAGGAUCGAACC